CUCACAUCAAUCUCCAUAAACCCACACACAAUUCAACUUCCAAAUCAUCAAUCACUCAAAACCCUAAAAAAUUUCCAGAUUUUGAUUUUUGGUGUUGACCCGGAAGCCUGAUGCAGCUUUAUCAUCACCCAUUUUCGUUAGAAAGCCAGAAAGUGAGGCUGGCUUUGGAAGAAAGGAAUGUUGAUUACACCUCGUAUCAUGUCAAUCCUGUUACAGGCAAGAACAUGGAUCCUUCGUUCUUCAGGAUGAAUCCGACCGCCAAACUUCCUGUUUUUCAAAAUGGUUCUCAUGUUAUCUUCAACGUUAUAGAGAUUAUUCAGUACAUAGAGAGGAUUGCGCUUGUCUCAUCGGGUAGCGGCAUUAUAACACAAAGUAGCAAAAAUGUUGUGGAAUGGAUGUACAAAAUACAAGAAUGGAACUCAAAGUUCUUCACCUAUUCUCACAUCCCGGAAAAGCACUACAUAUCGGUAUCCAAGUUCUUAAGACGAGUAAUAAUCGCCCGGAUGUCGGAGGCUCCGGACCUAGCAACCGCUUACCACACCAAACUAAAAGAAGCUUAUGAAACCGAAGAGAAACUGCGGGACCCACAAGUGCUACAAAGGAGCGAACAACAUCUGGUGAUGCUCCUUGAUGAAGCGGAAACACAGCUUGAAGAAACUUUGUACUUGGCUGGGGAUGAGUUCACGUUGGCUGAUGUUAUGCUGGUUCCGAUAUUGGCUCGGUUAGCCGUUUUGGGUUUGGAGAACACGUAUAUAAGUGGCAGACCGAAGUUAGCCGAGUAUUGGACACUGGUUCAGCAGAGACCGAGUUAUAAGAACGUGAUUGGGAAGUACUUUCAUGGCUGGAGGAGACGGAAAAUGCUACUCAAAACAUGGUGCGUCAUUCGAAUGAGAUGUGUGCUCAAACGCUAUUGAUCAAUUUGUUCUCACAUGAUCCCAACUUAUUGCAUCAUAAGCUUGAUUGGUGUUGUUUCUAAGAUAAUUGUAUUUUGUUGGCUUCACUUCUCCAUUUUGUUUCUCUUAAAGUGUCACAUGCUAUCCAUGAACUAAUCCGGGUAAAUUAUGACUGUAAGAAAUCAGUCUUGAUAAACUCAGUUGGCAUAAUUAUGACU